CAGAGGGGGAAGGUUGGUCGCCGUGCCUCUGGAGCUUCGUAACAAUUAAUUUCAAAGGUUAUCUAUUUUAGUGAAAAAAGUGCAAUAAUAUGUAUGAUAAUUAUCUAAUCAUGUGUUUAAUCGUACUUUCGGAAAGUUAGACAAGUGAAGGAAGAUAAGACACCGCUACACACACGGGUUGCUGUUAUGUUGAGUUGGUGACCAGUGAACCGGCCGGAACCAUGGACACACUGGCCAGGCCGCUGUAGUGCCGCCAGCCGCUGUGCUCGCCUGCUGGGAGUAGUGAGGGCAUGCCGGCAGCAGCUUCUCUCCUCACAUAGCAGAAGCAGCAGCCGCCUCAGUGAACGGAUGUUUGAGACGGACCGCCAGCGAGAACGGAGACCUAAGUGUGUGUGAUGCGUCUCAACUACAGUGCUGGUCUUGUUUCCUUCUUGUUCCGUACCGCGUGCGCCGCUUGCGUGUGCCAGCCGUGACGUCACUGUCCCUCGCGCGUGCGAACUGUGACGUCACUCCCUAAAGAUGAUUGACGGCAAGACUCCACCCUCGCUCAGCCCGACGGUGCCCUCCAUGGGGUGCGACUUGACGAUCAGCGCCGUGGAGCCCCCCGCCCAGUGACGAAGCGCGCCCGCUGUACCCUCAUCCUGCGACGCGGAGGGCAGGAGAACAGUGCUAUUGGAGUGGCUAGUGGUGGCAGUGUGGUAACAAGUGUUGGAGGUGGUGGCACAGCCAAGAUGUCUGUAGGGCCUCGUAACCCUCCGACCUCUGUGUCAGGCUGUGGUGACACACCAUCCAGGAAGCCUGUGCGCUUGUGUCAGGUCUGUGGAGACAUUGCCAAGUCUCUGCACUUUGGAGGAUUGUCAUGUGAUUCCUGCAAGGCAUUCUUCCGACGUUCAGUACAGAAUGAUGCAUAUAAGCACUUUCGCUGUGGUGGAGACCAGAAAUGUGCUAUAUCAAUUGCAUCCAGAAAGUUCUGCAAGUAUUGCAGGUUUGCCAAGUGUGAAAACAUUGGUAUGACAAAGUCAUGGGUGAUGAGCGAAGAAGAACGGCUGCAGCUCAUGAAGACUCGCCUCACAAAAAGGAUGAUGUACCAGCAAGGUGGCAACAGCAGUGGAGGCAGUGGCGGCGGCAGUAGCAGCAGCACCAGUAGUAGCAGCGGUGGUGGAAACAGAGGUGAAAUUUGUGGGGGAGGGCGAGGACCUUCAUCAGGCUCAUUCUCCCCAAACGAAUGUUCAAAAGAAACGUCCACCUACACCAACAACACUGCCUCAAAAAACCUGAUGUCUCACAGCCAAAAUACCCACAGCUCCUCCCUCGCCUAUCAUCGGCCAUCUCAACCAGUUGACUUGGGAUCAACAGGCUCCUCUCCAAAUAGUUCCCCAUCUACUCCCAUCUCUGGGCCAGUUACCCCAAUACAGUAUGGCCCCAUCCCUCCACCUUCUUCUCACCAAACAAUAGAAAGUAUGGAUCACCAUCACAUCUCUAUCAAGCAUGAGAGUCCAACAAGAACUAUGUGUAGAGGUAUUAAGAGGGAAAAUGAAGAAGAGAUUGUACCUGUGGAAAGAGUCUUUAACCCAGCCUCUCCACAAUACCUGGAUGCUACAGAGGUCGAAAUACUGACACGUGUGAUCAGUAACAUAAAAUUAGUUGACCAACAAUUGCCAUAUAAUACGACCAAACCCUUGGAUGUCAUGUCAACAUACAAGCGAUUUGCAGAAAGACUGACAAGGUUUCUACGGCAAUUUGCAGAAUUCAAUUCUCUGCCUCCACAAUCUCAGGGUCUGGCACUUAAGAAAAACAUUACAGUUAUUGCCCUUGUUUUUGCUUCAAGCUUUAUAAAUGAGGAAACUGGCACCUAUCACAAUGUUCAUAAUCCCUCUCAACCAAUGAUCACAAGCAUUGAUAUGAUUAAAAAGUCACAGUCACCUGAGGUAUUCACCAAGUUCAAGGAGAUUCUAGGUCUUCUUCGUCAGUUCAAUGUUGAUUCUAGAAUGGCGUAUCUAAUUGUUUUGAUAAUUGUGUUGGGAUUUGAAGGUCAAGAAAGUAAUAAGGAAAUCUAUCAAACUAUAUUGGAACAUUACAUAUACUGGAAGUAUGGUGAAGCCUCUGGUAAAUCUCUCUUUGAUGGACUUAUUCACUCACUUCAAGAGAUUCGACAUCACUCAGAGCUCUUUGAAAGCAUGGCAAUACGACAAAAACCAGCCAUAACUGGCCAGGUAUCUCACAUGAAUAACAACAAUGAUGCUCUCCUAAUGGAUGUGAAAAGUAAAGUAGAAGCAAUGACAGGAGAGCAGAUAAGGCAGAUGCUGAAUGGAAUGGACAUUGAGCAAAUGAAGCAAAUGUUGCAAGGCAAUGGACUUGAGCAAAUGAAACAAAUGUUAUUGAGCAUGGAAUCUGAAAAUUCACCUAUUCAGGCUGCUCAUGCAUCAAGCUCUGUGAUUCACUCUCCUCCACUGCCCAGUCAGUCACCUCAUAACAUGGUGCAAUCUCCUCACAGUAUGGUACAUUCACCCCAUUCUAUGUUACCAUCACCUCACAGCAUGCUGCAGUCACCCCAGAGUAUGAUGUCUCCACAAAGUAUGAUGGAGUCUUCACACAAUAUGCUUCAGCCUUCUUCAUCUCCCGGAAUUCUGCAGUCCCCAAACUUGAGCCAAUCAGUGCAUACUAUGCUCGACAUAUCCCAUAAUGUGAGUCACAGCCCAAACUCUACUGUAACACAAAUUAUCAAUUCUUCCAACAGCCUACUGAAUAAUUAUCAGGAAAUGAAACCUCCAGCAUCAUUUAUCAAUUCCCCACAAUCUUUGGAACUGUCCCAGAGCCCCAUUGAAAUAUCAAGCCCAUCUCCACAUGCAAUGAACCUAACCCCUUCACCAGCGCCAUACAUCCCAAAUCAGGAGAGCUACAUUCUGGACCACCAGCUAUCAGAGACCUCGUACCCAAACCAUCGGCAAUCUCCACUAGAUGAAAGUGGAUAUUCAAAUCCUCCCCUAUAUCCCCAGCCCUACAGCCCUACUCCUUUAGGUGAUCAGUUCAGUAGUGCUUAUCAGACACUGUUCUCCCCAUUGCCAUAUAAGGAAGAAAAUCAGAGUAUCAGUAGUAGCAGCACAGGCAGCAGUGGAGUUGGAGUAAGUUUGACCUCAAGCCUCACCUCACCACUGUCUUCCCUUAUCACCUCUCCUGCACCAUCCCACUCAUCACUUCAGGAAUCUGACAACAGCUUGUCAAACUACCAUGAAUCUGAACAUGGCAACUCUUUGGGAGCUGCUCCUUAACUUCUCCUGGGCAUUUAGUAUCUUUUAUUACAAAAAUGUCAUAUACAUACAAGUAAUCCAGGCAAGUUCCUGAUAAAGGUUCCAGCUGUAGAGAUCAUUACUAGGUAAUGUUUAUUGUUGUAGCUUAGAGCAGAUGUGACAGUUAUCAUAGAGUGACCUCAUCUCGCAUACUGCCCAAAUCCUCGCUCUAGAAGUUUCAUGUGCAAAAUUCUUAUUUUUGUUGUUAUAGGCAGAAUAAGAUGCUUAAUAUUAUUGCUGUAUAACAUAGAAGUAGGAAUUUGCAUAUAAUGGUUCUCAAGUGACAGUGAUUUGUACAAUAACCUUCCAACUCCGGCCAUAAACUCAACAACUGAAGUGUAUUACAACAUUAUGUACAGGUUUUAAUGUACUUGGAAGAUUUGAGUUUAUCCCCCAUAUACCUACUUGUCUUCUACCUCACUCAACAGGUAUCAAGAAUACAAAAAGUGUUAAUAUUUCUGAUGAUUUCUUGUUAUACGUGUAGCUAUUUUCCAGUCAAUACAGUAAAACAUGCUGAGCUUACCACUGCUGGGAUAUUUAGAAUAGUAAAUUUCAGCUCAGCCACACAUACAUACCAAUAAGUUUAUAACACAUACAUGUUUCUAAAGUAUAUUACUAACAAGGACUAGCCAUUUUAAGUUGAAAAAUUUGCCACAUGAUUACUUUGUAUGAAAGGGAUGAAAUUAAUUGCUAAGAGUAACAUUCUAUAACUCUUAGCAAUUAUCUAUUCAUGACUUGCUUUGAAUCUCUUUGCAGUAAAACUCAGGUAAUUGGGGCCAUGUUCAAUGAGCAGUAGUUUAGUGAAAUAAGUGGUUGCUCAGGUGAAAGUCACUAAGACCACUUUGUCCAUGUUUAUGAAUAGGACAUACUAUUUUGCAGUAUUAAUACAGUACUAAAUGAACUGUCAGUAUGACAAGGCAAAAAAGUGGCUGAUGGAGGAGUUGUUCUGCCUCCACUGUACAAAGAUGGUUUACGUAUGGUGAAACUUUGCAAGCCCUGUUGAUUAUAGUUUCACUUACCGCCAAGCAUUUAUAAAAUAUUAUAUAAAUUUUCUCUUAUACAUUUGCAUUUAUUCUAUAUUGGCAAAAUACAAAUGAAUUUAGCUUUCUAAAUAUUAAUGUUAACCCUAAACUGAAAGUGAAAAACACUUACAAGAGUUAGUGCACAUCACCUAAGACAGUCUCAGAAAAGAAAGGGACAUGCUAUAUAUUUCAGUCUAUGCCACAGCUCAUGACACUGUCAUAUCAACUGCAUCCAUACAACUCCUCAGGCAGUGCCUAUAUGACAAGUUUCUUGGAAGCUUAAAUUGUAUGUUGUACACAUAAAAAUACAGAAACAACCUCAUUGGUUAAAACACUCAAGAGUAAUGUGCACAAAUCAACAGUCUCAUUAUGUAGAUAAUUAUCCCCAAGAAUAUAUGGAAUUUUACUUUUUUUCCAUAUUAAGUUUAUAAAGUUGGCUAAAUCUGUCAUUGCCUCAUGAAUUGAAUAUCCACAAUCAGUGAGAUUCCAGAUUAAAUUGGUAAACUAAUCUAAUUACAAAAUCUUAAAUUAAAUACUGGUUCAUUUGAAUGAGAAUACCGAAGUUUCACCAAACCUCAAAGUAACCGAAACGUUGUCUUGUCAGGAAGGCUCACCCAUUGUAAAGUUUUUUUAAGCAAGUUUGUAAGAGACAUCCCUUUCCAAAAAUAUUCUCUUGGCUCAGCAACAAGGACAUUCAUCAAAAGUAAAUUUUCUAAUUGACAAACAAUAGAAUAUAUAUACAUAUACUAAAUGCUUGAUAUGAACCUUAGAUUAACCAUCAUGUGGCCAAACUUUUAACUUCUUAUGAUAAAUCCUGUUAGAUAAAUAGGGUUUUAUACAGCAGCUUUUAUUUUCAGUACAAGGUCAUAUGGGAGGUCUAUGAUUCCGAGUGCCUAUUUGGAGCAUAAGUUUUUUUGUAUGUUUUAAAAAUAUGGAUAGGCAUUCAGAAUGACAUUCCAUAUAUAUUUCCUUGUGUUAACAAAAUCUCCGGAUACAUAGGCCCAAUGCCUUAAUAUAUAUUUUUUUUGUGUGUGUCUGGUGAGGCUCAGUAGUUCAGCAGUGAUGCACACACUGUUAAGAAAGAACAUCUUAUGGUCUGGCUGCAGUUUACAAGUUAACAUGAUGCCAAGGUAUUAUUAUUAUUAUUAUUAUGAUUAUCAUCAUUAUUAUUAUUAUUAUUAUUUAUUUUUUUAUUUAUUUAUUUUUUUUUUUAGUCUGCCAAACAUCAGACCUCAAAUACAGCGCCAACAUCCAUUUCAAAGUCCCAUAAGCUAGUGCAUGAUGUAAGGCUCUCAGACUGCAUUCUUACUUUCUUUUCAGCACUGAACAAUGCUUCCCACUGCAAAGAACUGCAUUUUGAUGGUGACAAACAUUUUACAGUCAAUGCAAGAUACAUAAACAUCAAAUGAAGGUGUGCAGUUUAGCACCAUCCUCACGUGUGGAGAACUGUGAUCUUGAAAGUGCUCAUCAGACUUCAGACUUCCUCAGAAAGUUUUGUAUUGUGUGCAGGGCCCAGUUUAAAAAAAAAAAAAAAGCUCCUUGCUAUAUAAUAGCAGUUAGGCUGGUUUUCAGCUAUGCUUCAUAAGUAUGAUACUGUAUUGCCAGUAUGUACCACAAGAUAAAAAGGCAGCAAAUCAAUAAUUUCAGAAAGUGAUCAACAAGACUCUUGUAACUGCUUUUGUUGUGUGAGGUUAUCGCUGGAUAUUGAAUGGAAGGCAGCAAUGUUGUAGUGCAGGAGGCUGGAGCUCCCACAAACAGUGGAGACAAGCAUCAGCAGGUGUGAUUGGCUGUGAUAUGACCCAGAUGUAGAAAUUCUAAAACUAAUCUUAAUUAUUUUGUUUUAUUUGUGAGAAACACUCUAGCAUAGUUUGACUUCAUCAGAUGCAAAAAUUUUCAUCUUAAGAGAUGUAAAACUUAAAUUAUUUUAAGAUUUAACAUUUAGCAUUAAAUGCAAAUGGAUACAUCAAAAUGACUGAGGGGUUAGUAAUACUUAAAUAUUGCUUUAAGGAUUAUUGGAGCAGCUAAGCUUAUUCACUACUUGCAAGUAGAAAGAUCCCCAUUUUAUGACCAGAGAAAUGUUUACAGUAAUUAUUGGUGGUAGUUUCUAUGUAACAUAUAUUAUCCUAAUCUAAUAAGGUUUCCUUAUAUAACUAUCAUUGAAAAUUAGAAGUAUACCACCACUUUUUUUUCUUCUUCUUCUUCUUCUUUUUCAAGUCAAAGAUUGUUUUGCUACGAAUUAAUUACGUGAUCCUGUGCAAUAAUCAAAAUAUGUUUGUUGUGCUUUCUCCCAUCCUCUGAUAGGAAAGUGAAAAAAGAACUGGGUCCAGCGAGUUUGGUAUAGACAUGAAAAUGAAUCUUGACCCAUGAUUGGACACAUUUUAUCAUCCAGGUCUGCAUCCUAUGUGCAUCUUUUUAGUGUUGUCAUAUAUUUUGUCAUUGCAAUAUAUAUAUAACACAGCAGUUUUCAACAGUGCUAUUAUUUCAGUGAAAUCUUGAGGUACAAAGAAUUGCAGGUAAAUUCCAAUGAAUAUACAUCAUUAGUGUUGUACAGCUUAUAAUUUACUGUGGCCUAACACUAGAUGUUCCCUUACUCAUCCCACCAUCAUUGAUGUAGAUUUUUGCCUACCACUGUUUGACAUAUAUACAAAAUAUAGAUAUAUUUAAAAGUGUAAUUAAAAUUUUAGCUAUUGUAAUUCCAAAUUUCAGUUUUACAUCAGUAAUUUUAAAAAUGACGCUUUCAUCUAGGGUCAAGGCAUUUUUUCUCAAUGAAUUUUCUCUUCUUAAAAGUCUAAUGGAAAGCAUGUUUGCAACAUUAUUUUUAAUGUUCUGGGAAGGGGUGGAGCACAAAGAGCAACCUAAAGAAUUAUUCCUUACACUAUAUCUACUUAAAAGCUUCUGAGCAUAGGGCACACCUUCAUAACCCAUCACUUAACCUUGCUCAAAGUGCAUACAUACCAACACCCUCAUUAUCCAGCAACAGAUGACCUUAAACUCCGUACAAGACCAUUUUGGUACUUUUAUUUCUAAAGGUUUAUUUUUAAGGUACUAAUAGAAAUAAUUUACAUGAUCAAUGCACAAAUGUCAAAAUAGCUGUAAAACCUUGAAGAGUAUCAGUUACUGGAUAAAUGACUUCAUGGGUUUGGUCAUACAGUCUACCCGGUGCUUCCUGGCAUAUUGUGUCAGAUAAAUUUUUUUUCUACCUAUGGAAUAAUGAAUUUCAAUAUUAAAUUUUUUUUUUUUUUAAUAAUUAGUUGAUAAAAAAAAUACCCUGAGUAACCUUCAGGAGAAUACUUAAUCUUGCAUCAAGACAUUUGUGAGGGCAGCUGAACACAGUAGUUGCCUUUGAUAUGGCCUUUUCAUCACCUAAUUAAUUUAUCACACCUGCUCAAUAGCUGUCCGGAAAAAUGCAUAUUACUGAUCAGUUUUUUGCUCAAUUAUGUAUUUUAUAUAUUUUCAUUUUUAUUAUUAUUAUUUAAUUUUUUUUUUAUUUAUUAUUAUUAUGACAGGUUUCAGUUCAUAACAGUUGUAUGCAAUUGGACACCAUAUAUAUAUAUAUAUAUAUAUAUAUAUAUAUAUAUAUAUAUAUAUAUAUAUAUAUAUAUAUAUAUAUAUAUAUAUAUAUAUAUAUAUAUAUAUAUAUAUAUAUAUAUAUACACAGCCAGCUGUAAAAAUGAAAUUUGAAUUAAUGUGAAAAAUUGAUGAAUUAUUUUUAAGGAUUUUUAAUACAUUAUAUUUAUAUUAAGUCAGAAUGAUCUCAUAUAAGGUCAAUCUUCCCAUGAUAAUGAAUGCAUUGGAAUAGUAUGAGUAAUAAAUGGUUUAAAGCUUGUAUAGUGGCAGUGUAGAAUGUAUCAAGAAGUAAAGGUUUCCCUACCUGAAAUUAUACAAGAACAUUCUCUUGAAGAGGAAACAAUAAAGUGAAGUCCAGUCUUGUGUCGUGUGUUUGGUAGCUCACAAUAACAGUUAACGCUGAACCUGUCAUGCUUUUGUAACCUUAUGCUGAAUGUUAAAACAUUACUUUGUAGGGUUUGAUGUACCUGAGUCAUGUUUGAGUGUAUUUUUACUAAUUUUACCAAAAUGGGAAAGUAUGUUUCUAUAGUACAUACCUUUUUGCCAUAAAAAAAAAAAAAAAAAAUUGAUAUACAAUGUGAAGUUUUCAUGUAUCUGAAAGUCAUUUGAGUAGAAAGCCAAUCUCAAACCUGCCUCAGGCAAGUCAGUGUCGAAUGGCCUCAAUAAAUAAUCUUUGGAUGUGUUUCUGAAUUAUGAUUGAGAUGUUUUUGUACAGCUAUAUAUUUUGGUGUUGAUGUUGGUAUGUUGAAAAUAUAGUUAAUGUUUUCUCCUCUUAUACUUCACAUACCACACUUUCAACUUAAUGCAUAAACGUUAUCAACAUAUUAUAUAAACGGAUUCACCAAUUUUCUCCAUACCCUUCAGAAACACUCAAAGAUUUUGCAAAGUUUCAGAUGUACAGAAUGUUCUAAACAAAAAUAUGCUCUCUCUAUAUCCUGAGAAAUUGGCUACUGACUAACUGUAACAUGUUUGUAGGACUGCCUGUUCAGGUAACAGUUUGAACUUUCUCAGUUUGAAGCAAGUCAUUGAGAAUGCUGUGUCUCAGAAAGGAAACAUGUCUGCCCAAAUGUCAUAGUGGAAGCUCUUGAAAUUUAUUUAUUAUGUGUUGACUGUAUAUAAUGAUUAUUUUAUGUAAAUUUUAUCUGGAAAGUCUUAAUAUUAUAUUUAUUAAGAUGGCUGAAUAAGUAUACUCCUAGAGUGCAAAACAUUAUCCAAAUUACAGUGAUAAUGUCUCAAUUUUUAAUAAAACAUUUAAAGUCAAAA